AUGGAGAGCAAAAACGUAAGAACCAUCACUGUAGUUAUGUUGUUGAUGCUAUUACUUGCAGGGCAAGCAAGUGCCUCUUUCAAAUCUUGCAUAGAACCUUGUGAAAUCGGUUGUUUUUUGGGAAAAGAUAAAUUCAAGUGUUCGUUGAAAUGCUUGAUUAAGUGUAUUACCGGCUUCCACUCGACAGCCUCGGGACCAGAUUAUUGCAAGCUUGGUUGUGCCAUUCAUCGAUGUGCUCGUUUUGGCAGUGAUAUUAACAAAGUCGAUAGCUGUGUGAAUGAAUGUGAGGUUGGCAAAUGCAGCCAGUUGAUGAAAUCGAACGGCAUAGCAUCACCGUCGUCAACAAAUGGAGCUCCACCACCGAGCCAUUAA